GAGAUUUUCUCGUCCUUUCCAGCACAGAGCUCUCCAAACAAAGACAGGUUAUCACAUGGACCCGAGAACUGCCUGGGAAAAGCAGGAGCCGCAGUUAUCAAAGUUGGACGCUUGAUGAAAUAUGCUUUUGUCUCCGUUUCUGUUGCGCUCAAUCAGGUCAACAAGUGUUGGCUAAGUGUUGAGUGCGGUUUCCUGUGGAUUGUGUAAGGCCUUGCAGGACAAUGAGUGUUCUGGGGCCACUGAGUAAUGUGGCCGUUUCUGACCCAGCAGCCGGGAAAAUGUGAGACUCUCUGCUGCGGCUGGAAGGAGGACAGCUGGGCCCACGUUCCCGCAGGAGCAGGACUGCACCGCCGGGCCCGGGUUAGCAGAACCAGCCAACAUGGAUGACAACAUGGACACAAAAUCCAUUCUAGAAGAACUUCUUCUCAAAAGGUCACAGCAAAAGAAGAAAAUGUCGCCUAAUAAUUACAAAGAGCGGCUUUUCGUUUUGACUAAAACAAACCUCUCCUACUAUGAAUAUGACAAAAUGAAAAGAGGCAGUAGAAAAGGAUCAAUUGAGAUUAAGAAAAUCCGAUGUGUGGAGAAAGUAAAUCUGGAGGAGCAGACCCCCGUGGGGAGACAGUACCCAUUUCAGAUUGUCUAUAAAGAUGGGCUUCUCUAUGUGUAUGCAUCGAAUGAAGAGAGCCGAAGUCAAUGGCUGAAAGCACUACAAAACGAGAUAAGGGGCAACCCCCACCUGCUGAUCAAGUACCACAGUGGGUUCUUCGUGGACGGCAAGUUCCUGUGCUGCCAGCAGAGCUGCAAAGCGGCCCCAGGAUGUACUCUCUGGGAAGCAUAUGCUGAUCUGCACGUUGCACCCAAAGAAGAAAAACACAGAGUUCCUCCCAACUUCCCAGACAGAGUGCUGAAGAUUCCUCGAGCAGUUCCUAUUUUCAAAAUGGAUGAACCAUCUUCAAGUACCACUCUGGCCCAGUGUGACAGUGACUCCAAGAAAAACUCUGGCUCCCAGUCAAAUGUCAACAGGCGAUAUAUUCCAAGAGAAGACUGCCCUGACUGGUGGCAAGUAAGAAAGCUGAAAAGCAGUGAAGAUCUUGCAGGCGGUAACCACAGAGAAAGAAAUGUGGUAAAUCACAGCACGUCAAAGAUGUCAUGGGGUUCCCCUGAGUCAAGUUCAUCUGAAGAAGAAGAAGAAGAAGAAGAAGAAAACCUUGAGGACUAUGACUGGUUUGCAGGUAACAUCUCCAGGUCACAAUCUGAGCAGUUACUGAGACAAAAGGGAAAAGAAGGAGCAUUUAUGGUUAGAAAUUCCAGCCAGGCGGGAAUGUACACGGUGUCUCUCUUCAGUAAGGCUAUGAAUGAUAAAAAAGGAACGGUCAAGCAUUACCAUGUGCAUACCAAUGCUGAGAACAAAUUGUACCUGGCAGAAAACUACUGUUUUGAUUCCAUUCCCAAGCUUAUUCAUUAUCAUCAACACAAUUCAGCAGGCAUGAUCACACGACUCCGCCACCCUGUGUCGACCAAGGCCAACAAGGUUCCCAUCUCCGUGUCCUUGGGAAGUGGAAUCUGGGAACUGAAAAGAGAAGAGAUUACCCUGCUGAAGGAGCUGGGAAGUGGCCAGUUUGGAGUGGUCCAUCUGGGCAAGUGGCAGGGCCAGUAUGACGUUGCUGUUAAGAUGAUCAAGGAAGGCUCCAUGUCGGAAGAUGAGUUCUUCCAGGAGGCCCAGACCAUGAUGAAACUCAACCAUCCCAAGCUGGUGAAAUUCUAUGGAGUGUGUUCCAAGAGAUACCCUAUCUACAUAGUGACUGAAUAUAUAACCAAUGGCUGCUUGCUGAGUUACUUGAAGAGUCAUGGGAAAAGACUGGAACCCUCCCAGCUCUUAGAAAUGUGCUAUGAUGUUUGUGAAGGCAUGGCCUUCUUGGAGAGCCACCAGUUCAUACAUCGGGACUUGGCUGCUCGGAACUGCCUGGUGGACAGUGAUCUCUCCGUGAAGGUGUCUGACUUUGGAAUGACGAGGUAUGUUCUUGAUGACCAGUAUGUCAGCUCGGUGGGAACCAAGUUUCCGGUCAAGUGGUCCGCCCCAGAGGUGUUUCACUACUUCAAAUACAGCAGCAAGUCAGACGUAUGGGCGUUCGGGAUCCUCAUGUGGGAGGUGUUCAGCCUGGGGAAGCAGCCCUACGACUUGUACGACAACGCGCAGGUGGUCCUGAAGGUCUCCCAGGGCCACAGGCUCUACCGGCCCCAGCUGGCGUCGGACACCGUCUACCAGAUCAUGUACAGCUGCUGGCACGAGCUUCCAGAAAAGCGUCCCACAUUUCAGCAACUCCUAUCUUCCAUUGAACCACUUCGGGAAAACGACAAGCCUUGAAGAAGAAAUUAGGAGAUCUGAUGAGAAUGAUGAUAAAUAUUGGCCAACAUUUUCAUUCUUUUUAAGGAAAGUAGCAAAACACAGACACUGUAAUUUGGCUAGUCCUUCUCUCUGUGCUGUUUCUUCUAUUUUCUAGAAAUGAGCAAGGUAGGAAACAAAAAAUUUCCUAGAAAUGUAGGUCACAUUAGUAAUUUUGUUUAUGCUGCUUUUAAUAUUACACUUCCCAGCCUUUAGCAAAAGCACAUUUUCUGAUUAAAAAAUAGACAGGAUGUGUACCAUGUGUAAAGAUUGAACAGAAUUGAAAAAUCAUGUGUUGGAUAUUUGUUCUUUUCUCAGUAUCAUCACUAUCAUGAUAAUUAAAUGUUAUUAACAAGUAUGGAAAUGGCAACACUUGCCUUCAUGUUUCAAUGUUCUCAAUCUGUAGCGUGCAUGAGAAUCAAACGGAGAGUUGAUUUAAAACACAGGUUCCUUAGGAACUGGCCCAGAGAUUCUGGUACAGCAGGUCUGAAUGUAGCCUGAGAAUUUGUUUUUGGUGGGUUUUUUUUUUUUUUUUUUUUUAGGGCCACAGCUGUGGCAUAUGGAGGUUCCCAGGCUAGGGGUCUAAUUGGAGCUGCAGCUGCCGGCCUACACCACAGCCACAGCAAUGCAGGAUCCGAGCUGCGUCUGCGAUCUACACCACAGCUCAUGGCAACGCCGGAUCCUUAACCCACUGAGCGAGGCCAGAGGUCAAACCUGCAACCUCAUGGUUCCUAGUCAGAUUCGUUUCUGCUGCGCCAUGACAAGAAUUUGUAUUUUUAACAGGCUCUCAGAUGUGCUGGUGUGGUCAGUCCAAACCGACCUAGGGGAUCUCAUUAUGUGGUGGGCACCGUUAGGUGAUCCAUCAUCCAAUCCAGUGACACAAUUCUCAUCUGAUACCCAGAUUGGAACAAUGAUUUUAUGUCAUCAUGUAUAUAAAACUAGUUAACUAAUGUUAUUCAUUAAUACAUUAACACAUAACAUUGGAUCACAUAGAGACAGUUUUUAAAGAUGCUAAGGUAUAAUGAUGUCUUCUUCUUUAUAUUUAACCAUCAUCAAUCGCAACCUGAGCAUAACCAUGAUCUUGUAUUCGACUGCUGCUUUCUACACUGGUUCCCCCCUGUCUGCAGGUAAUAGGUUCCAGGACCCCCGGUGGAUCCCUGAAACCGAGGAUUAUAUCAAACCCUACACGCACCAUGUUUUAUCCUAUACAUGCAUCCUAUGAUCAAGUUGAAUUUAGGAGUUAGUCAGAGUAAGAGAUUUAACAACAAUAACUCAUGAUAAAAUGGAACAGUUAUAGCGAUAUAGUGCAAUAAAAGUUAUAUGAAUGUGC